AUGGUAUUAACCUAUAAUAGAAAGCAUUUAGAAGAAGGGUUAGUAGAUAACAACGGGGAUGAUGCAGAGGUAGAGAGAAAUUAUAGUAAAGAAUUAACCACAAGAGACUAUAAGGCAGUUGUAGAAAAGAGUAUGAUAGUAAUUGUCUGUGGCUUAAUGUUAACUUUGAUGCUUAUGUUAAUCUUUAUAUUUAUUAUAAGUAUUUUUUCAGAGCCGGAAACAUCACUAGUUUCCAAUCUGCUGGUUGACAUGUUAACUGAAAGUUAUAAUACUGAUUUAGUUAAUGUAGAAUCAGGUGUUAGUAAUAAUGAAAACCUAUACCCUUCAAAGAAUAUGGAACGAUAUAUGUCUUUAGAUAAAAGGGGUUGGAGGCAAGAUGCAGUAGAUGGAGCAAUCACAAUGUUUGCUAGUGUAUCUGUAAAUGUAUUCUCAACGCUUAUCGUGAGCUGCUCCCCAUCAUUCUUAGAUUAUUUUGGUAUAGUAGUGCCUGAGGCUAUGGUUUUGAGAAUAUCAGUGUGUGCAUGGUCACUUGGCAUAGCAGCGCUUGUUUCAUACGCCGGACUGUUGAUGCAAGCUCACCGCGCGAAUGGUGGAUGGCAAUUUGAUAAUGGUUCAGGCAGUGCUAAUGAUAAGAGAUUCAUAGGCGCUUUCGAAGAAGUAUUUGGUACAGCAGGAGUGUUUCCGUUAUUUGACGAUAUGUUUAUCGUCAAUGGGACGCCUAUAGGCAGUAAUCAUUUUAACAAGCGUGAUGAGUAUCUUGACCAUGGUAUUGAUGUGAAAAGUUUGAUACAUAUGAAUGACACUGAAAUGGUACACAUGGCUUAUACUUUUUAUGUAGAGCUGCAUGACCAUAAUAAAUCAGUUGUUGCAGAAAUUAAUGCGCUUGAAGACGCUAUAGAAACAUGGAAAAGAUGUGGUACUAGCGACUAUUGUCGUAGCUCCAGGAAUGUAUGGUUAGAUGCGAAUAGCACGUCAUUACAUAAGCGUGAUGGAGGUGAUUGGGCUUCAUAUAAUGACUGGGGUUUUAAUGGUGGUUAUGUCAAUGACUGGUGGCUGUGGGACGAAUUCAAGCAUGGUGCUCAAGCAAUGCAAGGUGAUAAUUCAAACGUAGAGCAUGUGCAACCAUGUACUAAUGAUGCUAGGUGUUAUGCUGCAGCUUCGAAGUAUUGCUUGGCAGGCGGUAUGAGUAGUAAUAGAAAGCAGGAUUCCGCUUGGGUAGGAGAAGUAUACCUUAACUCUUACGGUGGUAUAGAUGGUGAAUGCUUUAACGGGUGA